CAAAAGGCCCGCCGGGGCGCAGCGACGGGGUGGAACCACCGGGCCGGGCUGCUGACGUCACCGCCAGGCCCGGAGCCGGAGCUGCGACGCCGCCGAGGGAGGCGCGAAAACCCCGCGAGCCGCCCCAGGAGCUCUCCCUCCGCCUCUUUCCCUUUCCCACCCCGUCACGCGAGAGCGGAGCGCGCGCACAAACACCCUAGCUGAGGCGAAGAGCCCUGCGGGGGGCGGGUUCCGACGUGCGAGUCCACACACCGGGCGCCGUUCCGGGGCGAAGGUUGCCCUCCUGGCCAGCAGCUCCGCAGUCCGCGCUUCUUUCCUCGGCAAAGGUGGUCGCCGCCUUUUUCAGCCCUUCAAGACAUCCCACAGGCCACUGAAGAAUGUGUGGGCGAACAGCUGUUGUACUGGGAGCAGAUCGUAUCCGCCGUGCCUGUGAAUACCGUGAUAAUCAAGGAAAGAGAAGGUGUCCAGAAUGGAAAAAUGCUGACAAAUAUAGUCCAUCCUACAAUAAGAGCCCACAGUCUAAUAGCCCUGUGCUUCUCUCCCGACAACACUUUGAAAAGGAUGCCAACUCUUCUGAACGUGUCCUUGUAGCUAUGCGUUGGGGGCUGGUUCCAGCCUGGUUUAAGGAAGCUGACCCAUCUAAAAUGCAGUAUAACACCUCAAAUUGUCGGAGUGAUACCAUGAUGGAGAAACUUUCCUACAAGGGGCCUCUGUUAAAAGGCAAACGCUGUGUUGUGCUGGCUGAUGGCUACUACGAAUGGCAACAACAAAAUGGGCAGAAGCAACCCUAUUUCAUUUACUUCCCCCAGCCCGAGGAUAAAAAGCUCAGCAAGCCAGAUGUGGACGGUGAGGAUGAAGAUUCCAAGGACAGGAAGUUACUCACCAUGGCUGGUAUUUUUGAUUGUUGGGAGCCCCUUGAUGGAGGAGAAACAUUGUACAGCUAUACCAUCAUCACAGUAAAUGCUUCAAAAGAUCUAAGCUCCAUCCAUCACAGAAUGCCAGCUAUCUUGGAUGGGGAUGAGGCGAUCAGAAAAUGGCUGGAUUUUGCAGAAGUACCCACACAAGAAGCUGUUAAGCUUAUCCAACCCACAGAAAACCUUGCUUUCCACCCAGUCUCAACCAUAGUGAACAAUUCCAGAAAUAAUACACCAGAAUGCAUUGUACCCAUUGAACUGGAGCUCAAGAAGGAUACCAAAGUUAGUGCAAGCAGCAAAAUAAUGAUGAACUGGUUAAAAAACAAAUCUCCCAAGAAAGAAGAUGAUGGCGAUGGCUUACCAAGAUGGUCCAGCCAGUUUAUCCAAACCACACCACCUAAAAAGACCAGUUCAAUCUUAAUACACCAGUGGCUCAAGAAGGAAGAUGGAGAACCUUCUGCAAAGCAUCCCAAAAUUCAGUGACUUCUUGUUACUUGCACUUUAUUCUUAAAACACAUUUGGCAGUUUCUACUGAUUUGAAUUUGCAGAGUGGGGUUGCAAAUAUUCUGACUUUUAACAUUUAACACUUUUUCUUGUCUGUAGUACAAACUGGGGUGUGCAUUUUAUGUACAGUGUUGCUAUUCCUCUGCCAACCUUGGGAGAGCAACCUUGAGAGAGCGAUAUGUGAG